GCAGGCGGAUUUCUUGGGACACUCGCUCUUCACCUUCGUCCAUCCAAAGGAUCACGAAGAAUUAACGAGGAACCUCACUCCGGACGACGUGCAGGGGUUGCUGCCUUCGUCCACGCCGCAGAUCACCGACGGUGUGAACGAUAAUUCGAGCUCGUCGGAAGACUCGUCGUCGCCGCCGAGGAACGACAGGAAACAGUUCAGGGAGCAGAGACGGAGCUUCGAGCUUCGAAUGUUGCACCGGACUGCGUCGAGGCGCGAGCACACGCAGUACGAAUGGUUCGAGAUGUCGGGGAUGCUCAGGCUCGCGGACGCUUGCAAAAAUUCCGAGUCGAACGCCAGUCGGAGUUCGAAACAUCGAGAAGUCUCUUCAACAAGCAAUGACAUCGUUUUCGUGGGUGUGGCGCGACUGCUGAUGAGACGACCGAUCACCAAGAUAUCAAUCAUAGACGCGAAUAAGGACGAAUAUAUUACUCGACACCUGGUGGACGGCCGGAUCAUCUACUGCGACCACAGGGUGUCGGUGGUAGCUGGUUACUUGUCAGAAGAGGUGUCGGGGAAGAGCGCUUUCCGUUUCAUGCACAGGGCCGAUCGUGUGUGGGCUAUGAUCGCGCUUCGUGAAAUGUACAAUCGCGCGGAGACUUGUGGAUCAUCUUGCUACAGGCUGACUUCGAAAACCGGCGAGCCCAUUUAUUUACGGACACAUGGGUAUCUAGAGGUUGACAAGGACUCACAAAUUGUAGUAUCUCUCGUCUGCAUAAAUACAUUAGUAUCGGAAGAGGAGGGCAUCAAGUUAAUGAAACAAAUGAAGAAAAGAUACUCCGCUACGAUCUCUGAAACGAUGAAAGCGAUGAUACAGAAUGGAGACGAUACAUCGAUGGACUUGGGCUCAGAUUCGGAACAUUCGAAAAAUGAUAUCGAUGAUCCUUCGCAGCUAGAGGACGCAAUUACGUAUCUAGUUAGCGAUCUAUCGUCGCCUCUUCCAGAGGAAUGCCUCGCGACAUCACCUGUACCAAAUGAACAAUACGUAAAGGCUGCGAUGAUAUCGCAACAUUUACCGCCUGCUGUUACUCAAGCCCGGAAACUGGGCAUUGAAACGAUAGACCAUUAUUUAAUGGUACAGGGGAAGGGGAAUCAGAAUCAAAAGCAAGAGUCGAAAACAAGUAACAAUAAGCACGAGACCGAAGAGAGCCAGGAAAAGUCGAGAUCAUCCGGUAAAACGAUAACGCUGCAUGAAGUAACGAAACAAACGAAUAACGUUUAUAGCAAUUUGCAAGAUGAACAAAGUUUACCGCAAACGAACAGUAUAAUAACGAUGAAAGAGCCGGCCGUAGAACCGUGCAUAAGUACCCAACGAGAUCUCCGACCGUCUCAUCUUCAGGUUUCUCAAAAUGUGAAUAUUUUGAGUCCUACUGCGGCGGUCAAUGACAUCAUAAAUGUCUCAAAUUCGCACAGUCUAUGCAACAUUAAAGUGGAACGUAGCAUGGAUGCUUACACGCAUCAGCAAAAACCUAUGAUGGAUCCUCUUGAAAAGGGGGUCAAUAACAACGUUACUCCUAACUCAACAAAUUUCCCAUUAAAGAGGAUAUACAGUGACGAAGAUAUUAAGACGAGUUGUAGUAAGAAAAGACACAGUAAUGUUGCUUACGCAUCGUCUGACGCGAACGAUGAUCAACAGAGUGUUUCAUACAUCGAUUGUAAACCUUUUAUUGGUGAAGUAUUUUCGGAACCUUCGUCGGACUUCAGUUUGUACAAUAAUAUGAAUCCUCAGUCGAUGAAACUUGCGGAGUCUCCGAAUUCAAGUUUAAACGACGUUGUUGCUGAUUACCAACAAAUGGAUACUAGCAUCCCGUUUAUACCUCAAAAUCCAGAUGACAAAUUUAUCGAUUUUCCAGAUUUAAAGGACGAUCCGUUGCUGAGCCCAAGCCUGGACGCAAAUCCAGGUAUCGAACUCAGUAAAGUAACCCUGCACACAUCUACGAAAAAAACAAUCAAUGAUGAAAUAAGAAGAAAGCAUCUUCAACUUAUGAAUAGUAUAACAUUACAAGAAUCACAGCUCGAUGUCUUAGCAAGAGAUUUGAAAAAUCCAGCUUUUCAAGCAAAAAGAGGAAGCUUAACACCAUUGCAGGCAGAGCAUAAUAUGCAGAAACAAAUUCUCGAAACACUCCAACAAGACCACAUGCAGAUAAACAUAAAACACAAUAUUGGUGUAUAAAAACGUUUUCAAAAAUAUCUGUAACAUAGAGUUUCAAAAAUAUCUCUAAUCAUAACGAGAUAUUUCUUUAAGGAAGAAAGAAUUAUUUCUUCGAGUUGAUAAUCUUAAAAAAGUAGAUAUCCUUGAAAGAAGUAUACAACUGGUAAAGAUGUACACAUCGAAUAUUCCAAUGAAGUUUAAUAUAACUUAUUCAUGUACACAAUGAUAAAAUGGAAGAACAUACAUUAGUGCAACAACAUAACGAGGCCGAUCUGUAUUUUACAAUUCAACAAUGGAAAAAUAAUAAUAUUUAUUAUCACAGACAUUUAGUGAAAAUGUAGUGUUAAUAAGGGGAACUUCAAUAUUCUGUGUUCAAAUUGAACUAAGAAGAAAGAGCAUCGUAAGUACGGAACAGACAAACUAAUCAAGUUGUAUACCUUACGUCGUGUACAUGCAGACAUUUUAAAACAUAUUAUGGACAUUGCUCGUCGCUCUGAUGUUUAGCGUAUAUUUCUGUAAUUGCUUAUACAUACGCAAAAUGUAUUGUAAUUGUGGGCACUUUUUACACAUUUGAAGGUCCAAUGUUGCGCAGUUUUCAAAUUUUAUCAUAGCAAACUUGUAUAUAACGUAGAGCCAAUUCUAAAUGGCCAUGCUAUCUUUUUAGCCUUCAGGACCGUUUGUGCUCAGCUAUUGUUCUCAAUUGAAGAACGAAAAUUAUUUUCAUGUCGGAUAGACCAGGAUAUGUAUAUGUAUGCAUAUAUCGGAUGGAUAUAGUCUAUUAAGAUCCUACUAAUUAAAUAAUUCGACUAAAUUCGACUAAAUUCGUAUUAAUGAAAGCAAAUAUAUUCGUACUAAUAAAAGCAAGUUGGUAGUACAAAAUUUUUGUUUUGGACAGAAGAAAUAUGCUUCUAAAAAAGAAACCUGUUAUAGAAAAAGAUAUUACGUACGUGAUUGUACGUAAUUUUUAUUAUUGUUACCUGAGAUGAUGGUAACAAUGAUGAAUGGUAACGAUUGAUUGUAAAUGUUUCCAGUCUGUUAUCGAUUUAUUUUUUCUUUAAAAUUUUAAAAAUUGUGUAGAUUGCUUAUUAUUUACAUACUGCUCUAUGUAUUUACAUACAUACUUGUGACAUACAUAUGCACUUUUAAGCAUUUUACACAUUAACUCGUUAUUUUUACAAAUUUUCUACUUUAUUGAAAAAAGUAGCAAAUAAACAAAAUUAUCAUCUUUCUCCAAUGAGAUGUUGAAAGAGUUUCGAAUCCAUUUUAUACGUAAAUGAAUGUUAUACUUUGUGUUUGCAAUCGUUUUGUUAUAGUUUUUGAACUUUACUGGCCUCGUUAUCCACCAAAUUAUGUUGCGUUUUAUAUUAUUUUAUUAAUUAUAAUUAAGCUUUAGUACCUAUCCAUAAAUAGCAUAAAACUUUCGUGAUUGACCUAUGUGCGAUAUCAUGAUAUUUUUAAGCUGCAAAUGACGAAAAACCAUAACAACAAGCAUAAUCAAGCAAAUGAAUCUGCGAUCCAGAAAGGACGUUAAAAUAUAUAGAAUGGAAUUGUGUACAGGAAAAAUUACAGAGGCGCAUAUGUGUGGACAUAUAUGAGUAAUAGAUCUAUGUGUUAGUUCUAUCUAAAUUAGUUCCAUUUUCCUAUGUACAAGUAUAAAUAAGGCUGAUAAACUGUAAAUAAGGAUUCCGAAUGUGUCAUUGAUCGGUAUUACCGAUUGAAGAAUUCACCGUUUUUCCUUUUGUUUUUUUUUUUUUUUUUU